CUUGGCAGCUGUCAAACCCGGCCACGCGAGGCUGCCAGCUAAACUUCCGCUGGGCCAUCGUUCUUUCGUUCUCAGAUCGUCUUCGUGACCAGAAGGAAAAUGAGAGCUAAGUGGCGUAAGAAGCGUAUGCGUAGGUUGAAGCGUAAGCGCAGGAAGAUGCGUGCAAGGUCUAAGUAAACGCACCACGCCAUCGACCAUUUUCGUGGAACUUCUGACGUACAAAAAUGAACAUGCCGACUGGGCAACUUGAGGCCCGAAGUAAUUGCAAAAUUAGUUUUCAAACCAGAAAAUAAAUGUGCUUUACAAAAUAUUCACUUUGAAAUUUCCCUUUGAGAAAACUUGCUAAAUAAAUUACUGGUUUACAAAAGUUCCACAAAACGAAAAAAAAAACAAAAAAAAAAAAUAACAUUUGUGUUGAGUUGCCAAGACGGAGGAAAAAUAAAAAACGUUAUUUCCGAGCGUGCUUUUUCAACAUAACCAAAUUCCCAUGUAUUCACAUGUGUAAGUGUGCCGCUUGCAUGUGUGUGUGUGUGAGUUGAAUUGAACUGAACUAAGCGUCUUAUCGCAACUGCCAAGAAGUCAUAAAGCCAGCCCACAAUGCGAAUCUUUUGUAUUUAGAUACAGUACAAAAAUACCACCGGAAAAUUUAUUCUACCAGGUGGCCAUUUACGGGACUCUUGGACCUCUAAACCCUAGCGGACGGGACAACGGUCUAUACCAGAUAUGAGAGAUAAACCACCCAAGUCGUCCACGAACUCGACGCAUGUUCAAAUGCUGCAGGCGAUUGGAGGUGGUGUUUCCGGGGCAAUAACACGAUUUGUAACGCAGCCGUUUGAUGUGCUAAAGAUACGAUUCCAAUUGCAGGUGGAGCCGUUGAAGAGGAAAUCGUUAAAUUCAAAAUAUAGCGGAAUGUUGCAUGCGUUCUCCAGCAUCUAUCGGGAGGAGGGGCUGCGCGGCGUUUGGAAGGGUCACAUGGCCGCCCAAAUGAUGAGCAUCACGUACGCCCUGGUGCAGUUCUGGUCGUAUGAGCAACUGCAUCAGGCCGCCUAUCAAACAAAAUUCUUUAACGAUCAUCCGCAUCUCAGCUAUUUUAUGUGCGGCGGCCUGGCCGGCUGCAUGGGCACAAUAUUGGCGCAGCCAUUCGAUGUGAUCCGCACCCGGGUGGUGGCCGCCGAUCCGGGCAGUCUUGCCGGAUCGCUGAAGCCGGUGUCUGGCGUUGGCAAAAUAUUCAAAAAGGAGGGCAUACGCGGCAUCUCAAGCGGCAUGAUGAUGACCCUAAUACAGAUCUAUCCGCUGGUGGGCGCCAAUUUCGUCAUCUAUAAGUUCUGCAAUCGUCUGGCCAUCACCCUGAACGGUUACUUCCAUGGCGAUCCCACGCCCAAGCAUACAAUACCCGGCGCCCUGUUGUUUUUCAAUGGUGCCAUUGCCGGCGUUCUAUCCAAGAUGCUGGUCUACCCGGCCGAUCUGAUCAAGAAACGAACCAUGCUCAGCCACUUCCAGCACGAUCGCAAGACAUUCGGCAGCAAUCCCAACUGCGACACGAUAAUGCACUGUAUGCGCACCACGUUCGAGAAGGAGGGCUGGCUGGGCUUCUACAAGGGUAUGCUGCCCACGCUGUACAAGUCGGGCGUCAUGUCCGCCUUCUAUUUUACCAUAUACGAUUAUUUUAAUCGCAACAUUACCAUGCCCUAUCAGAAAUACGAGCAGGGCUUGAAGGAGAAGGAGGAGGAGCAGAAAACUGACAAAGUGACAAAGGAGAAGAGGGACUACGAGAAGGAGAUGAAGAAGGAGAACAGGUCCGGUGUCAAGAAAUCUGUGAAAUAAUUGAAACCCUCUUGAAAAGUAAACAACUAUUACAAUAUA